GAAAAGCCUCCCCAUCCUCCAAAUCAUUGCUCCAGUCAGUUUCUUCCAAUCGACUUUCUAACUCCAGCAAGGAUGUCACCGGACUCAUCGAGUGCCCCGAGAAGCCUGCCAGCCCAGGGCCCGCCGAACCCGGCUUACCCCGCAAACUCCGUACCUGUGCUAACCCAGACGGACUCCCGGGAUAAAUGGAGCAAAAAAAUGGAUUUCCUUUUGUCUGUCAUUGGCUUCGCUGUGGAUCUGGGAAAUGUCUGGAGAUUUCCAUACGUUUGCUACCAGAACGGAGGCGGGGCCUUCCUCAUCCCCUACAUACUGAUGGCUGUCUUUGGGGGGGUGCCACUCUUCUACAUGGAGCUGGCACUGGGGCAGUUCCACAGGACGGGGGCCAUCUCCAUAUGGAAGCACAUAUGUCCAAUUUUCAAAGGAAUUGGCUUUGCCAUCUGCGUCAUCGGGUUGUAUGUGUCCUUCUACUACAACACCAUCAUUGCCUGGGCCCUCUUCUACUUCUACUCGUCCUUCACCAGCACUCUGCCUUGGACCAACUGUGACAACGUGUGGAACACGAUCAACUGCACCAACUACUUUGGCAACAACAAUGUCACCUGGACCAACUUCUCCAGGUCACCUGCUGAGGAGUUUUACACGAGAAACGUUCUGGAAAUCCACAAUUCUUCUGGGCUGCGCAAUGUCGGUGGGAUCCGCUGGCAGCUCCUGCUCUGCCUCUUCCUCAUCUUCACCAUCGUUUACUUCAGCCUCUGGAAGGGUGUUAAGACAUCAGGGAAGGUGGUGUGGGUCACGGCUACCCUCCCCUACGUGGUGCUUCUCGUCCUGCUCAUUCGCGGCGCCACCCUCCCCGGAGCCUGGAGGGGUGUCGAGUUCUACCUGCGGCCCAAGUGGGAGAAGCUCCUGGAGACCAGCGUGUGGGUGGAUGCAGCCGCACAGAUCUUCUUCUCCCUGGGCCCUGGUUUCGGUGUGCUCCUGGCCCUCGCCAGCUACAACCCCUUCACCAACAACUGCUACCGCGACGCCAUCGUGACCAGCCUGGUGAACUGUCUGACCAGCUUCAUCUCUGGCUUUGUCAUCUUCACCGUGCUGGGCUACAUGGCUGAGAUGAGGAAGGUGGAUGUAGAGGAUGUCGCUAAGGAUAAGGGGCCCAGCUUGCUCUUCAUCACCUACCCAGAAGCCAUUGCCAACAUGAUGGGAUCCACAUUUUUUGCCAUCAUCUUCUUCGUGAUGAUGAUCACGCUGGGGUUGGACAGCACGUUUGGUGGACUGGAGGCCAUUAUCACUGCCGUGUUGGACGAAUACCCAGAGUACCUGUACCAGCGGAGGGAGCUCUUUGUACUGGGCCUGGUCACCGUGUGCUUUUUGGGCUCUCUCAGCACCCUUACCAAUGGCGGUGCGUACGUGGUUAAGCUCCUGGAGGAAUUUGGUGUCAGCUGCUCCAUUAUUGCUGUUGGGUUUCUGGAAGCCGUUGCAGUGUCCUGGUUUUACGGUAUCAAGAGAUUCAGCAAUGAUGUCAAAUCGAUGCUGGGCUACUCUCCUGGAAUAUUCUGGAAAUUGUGCUGGGUGGCCAUCAGUCCAGCAUUUCUAGCGUAUAUCAUCGUGAGCUCCUUCCUGCACCAGCCCCCCCUCACUCUGUUUGAGUACGAGUACCCAGAUUGGAGUAUCACUGUAGGUUACUUCAUUGGCAUCUCCUCUUUCAUGUGGAUCCCCAUUUACAUGGUGUACAAGCUGGUGUGGACGCCAGGCUCUCUGAAGCAGCGCCUGGCUGUCUGUCUGCGGCCAGAGAGGACCGUGCCGGACCUCCAGACAGAAUCACUCUCCAUGACUCCCGUCCCAUAAGCCUGGCAUCACUGGGAAGACUGAGCAGGAUGUACAUACACUAGCGAACGGGGAAGAAUG